AUGGUGAAAGGCACAUCAAACACAGUUCCUCGUCUUGCCCGUAUGGCUAGUGAUUAUCUGGCAAUUAUAGCAUCCUCUGUUGUUUCUGAACGUGCCUUCUCUGCUGGUGGAAGCAUGAUUACAAAUAAGAGAUCUAGCUUGAUGCCUAAGACC